GAUUCUAGAAGAAUAGGUCGUGAAGAAGGCCUUUCAGCUUAGAAGCUCUCAGGUGAAGGAAAACGGUUGAUGAAGGAAGUGGUUUCUGGAAAGCCUCAGAAACUGCAUUCUAUAGAGCAACUUUCCUGCCCCAGAGAAGCUGCAUCUGAGCUACUCUUCCUCUCCCCCCAGGAGAACCCCAAGGGCUUCCAGAAGGACAAGUGUGCGAAGCCCCUAGUCCCUGUGAUCUUGGAAGGAGUCCUCAGUGGCUCUGCCCACUCACUGGCCACACUUGCCCUGAGUUGGCACGAACCUGUGGACCAUGAAGAUGUCUCUGGUGCUCUAUUUUCUUGGCUUCCUGGUGGCGCCAAGUGCCGCUUACGUCUUGGGCCGUUGCACAGUGGCAAAGAAGCUCCGGGAGGGAGGCCUGAAUUAUUUUGAGGGCUACAGCCUUGAGAACUGGGUGUGCCUGGCUUACUUUGAGAGCAAAUUCAAUCCCACGGCUGUCUAUGAGAACUCACCUGGUGGCUACACAGGCUUUGGCCUCUUUCAGAUUCGCAACGAUGCCUGGUGUGACCACGGCAAGAACCUCUGUCACAUGUCAUGCUCUGAGGCCCUGAAUCCGAAUUUAAAGAAGACAAUUGAAUGUGUCAAGAUAAUUGUCAAAGGAAAGGAAGGGAUGGGAGCAUGGCCUAAUUGGUCCCGGAACUGCCAGCUCUCUGACACUCUGGGACGCUGGCUGGACGGUUGCAAGAUGUAGCCCCAGUGGUCCCACAACGCUCACCAGUAGCUUCCUGGGCAUGGAGAUGCUGUUCCGUUUGCUGCCUCACCAGUUCCCGUUGAUGAUCUUACCUCCUGACAACUCCAGAUGGGGAAAGACCAAAGUUUGUUUCAUCCAGGGAUACAGGAUGCAGAAUAAACCAAGUUGUUAUGCAACCUGGGCCAAAGGUCCCCACCUGUGUCAUUGUUAUGAGUGUCAUUAUGACCACGAAUACUUACCAUUAUCUGGCUUUAUUAUGGCUUAAUCUCCAAUGGAGGAUUUGAAGGAAGGAGAUGAUCUGGAAAAAGAGAUGUGUCUGUGAAUAUUAAGUAAGGGAGAGGAAUAAAAGAUAGGAGGAGGAGGAGAUCCCAGCACCCACAGGUCCUCCUGGGCUCAGGUGUGCCCGGGCUGGGAAGCUCAGGUGGAAGUGAGGAGACUUCGGAACCUCUUUGCAUGCUCCAAGUUACUCUUGAUCUUUUUACCAAAAGUUAAGUUUCUAAAGAUUAAAGUAACACACAGGAGGGUACUUCAAAUGUCCAUGGAAAAUGGAAUUACAAGAGAAGUUCAUGUCACUAAAAAGCAUUGAAAUCCAUACGUUAUU